AUGUUGUCUUCAUCUACCACCUCUAACUCCACCACCUCUGACCCCAAACAUGUUGCCAUGGAGACCUACUGGAGGGAAGUACACAGCAUUGAGGAGGAGAAGGAUGGGGAAGAAGAAGAGGAGGAAGAUGAGAGAAAGAGUAUGGAUGAGGUGGAGCUUGAGGAGGCGUGGCUGACAGAUGCAGGGUUGGCUUCCCUGGUGACGGGCUUGCCAUUGGCAGAUGAGGUGCCACCGCCAGCUGAGGUGCUGCUGUCCACUUUGACACAUCAACAAGCAACCACUGUGAGGAAGAGGCUGGAUAACUAUAACGAGACACUGAAGAAGAGAAACAGACAGCCAAUCAGAGAUGUCCGGGAUAUCUUCACUGAGCCUGACGACCCAGCAGACAGAUGUGUGUACCCCCACUCCCAUCAUGCUGAACCACCACCAAGUCGAUACCACACCACCACCAAGACCAUUCGCCGAAAUACUUCCAGAGUACGACCAACUCUACCCGUGUUGGCUGUUGAAGAUCGACUACCGGAGCACCCCUCACCCCCCUCAAACACAGACUCACACUCGCCCCCCGUCAGUCAAUUGAUGCAACCUGACUGGGUGCUGCGGGACUCUCCAUACUCAGAGGGUGUGGCUGAGCACAAAAGGGGCAAGGCUUGUUGGGACUGUUUACGUUUCCAUAGAGACAACAACAGUGAGCUGCAGUUUGCAUCUAUCUCUCCCUCUCAGGGUCUUAGCUGUGCAGGCGACCUGUCGUCACGUGACCUCACACAGCUGUGUUUCAUCUCGCACAUUGAGCUCACAACCUUCCUGAUGACUCUGGGCAUCCACACCAAACGCACACGUCCUCCACGCUGCAGGAACCGGGACAGUGGUGUGUUUGGCGUUCCUCUGAACACGCUGUUGGAGAAAGACAGGAAGAAGUUUCCUGGGGUCAAAGUUCCUGUCGUGUUCCAGAAGUUGUUGUGUAUCUUAGAGCAAACAGGCCUGUUGACUGAGGGGAUUCUCAGAGUACCAGCAUCAGCUGCUAGAGUCAAGUGCCUUCGUAGAGAAUUAGACAGGUGCUAUGAGGGAUUUGACUGGUCUGCGCUGAGACAGGUGGACGCUUCCAGUCUGUUGAAGCUUUUCAUCAGAGAGCUGCCAACCCCUCUGCUGACACACACACACCUGUCCACCUACCGCUCUGUACUGAGUAUCCCCUCUGAGCUCCAUCAGAUUCAGGCCCUGCAGCUGCUGACGUUGCUUCUUCCAGAAGCCAACAGAGAAAUUCUGAGAGCUCUGCUGGUCUUCCUCCGUAAGGUGGUCUCUCAUCAGGAUCAGAACCGUAUGUCUCUGUGGAAUGUGUCCAUGGUGAUGGCACCCAACCUGUUCCGUCGUCACCAUGGAAACAAGCGCUCAAUUGCUAAACGAGAUGAGAUGGAGGAGGCAGUGGGUGGAGCUCAGCUGAUUCGGCUGAUGAUCAUUCACCAGGACUUGCUUUGGACCGUCCCCAAGUUUCUACUGUCUCAGGUGAGACAGAUGAACCAGGUGUCCAUUCAGAAACAGCUUGGCCUGAGCUGGACCAGUAGACUGUUGAGGAAGAAGAAUGACAAGAAUGAAAGAGAUCAGAUCACAGAGCUGUGUGAAGGUGUAAUCAGAGUUCAUGCUCCUCUACACACCAAGAUUUCCAUGGUGAUACAACUUGAGGAACAGACAACAGCCAAGGACAUAACAUCCCGCUUCGAGUGUGAGAACAGUCCAGUUCAACAUCUGUAUGAAGUUGGAGGAAACAUCUGUGAGCGUCGUCUUCAUCCUGACUGUGUUUUGUUGGAUGUUUACAGAGUUAAUCCCCACUGUGAUUGGCUAAUUAAACCCUGA